AUGUUAAAAUAAGAAGCAAUUAAAAAAGAAUGCAUAUAAAAUGACCAUAAAGGCUUUUAAAUAGUUGCUGUUGAUCUUUCAGAUGAAUUAAAUAAAGAAAAUGUUCAAAAUUAAUAUUAUUGUGUAAAAUGUCUUUUAGAAAAGAUUGGAAAUAAACAGAUUAUUCUUUAUGAAGAAGCUAUAAAGAAGGUUGAAAUUGCUAACUAAUAAUAAAAAUAUUCAGAAAAAAUGGAGAGAGUUAAAAAAGUCUCAGCUGCAAUCAAAUCAAUAGAAGAAUCUGUUUUGAGUUAGUUUGAAGAAUUAAAGAAAUAUUUAGAUACACUAAUAAAUAAUUAAUAGAAAAAACUGGAAUAUAAUCUACAAUUAACAAUGACAAAUGAGGAUUCUUAACUAUAGUAAAACUUUUAUCAAGAAGAUAACUUUUCUCUAAUAGUAGAUUAUACAGAAAUUACAGGAUCUCUAAUUUAAAUUAGAAAAUUACUUAAAUAAUUAGACAAUUUUGAAAAAUUAUAGGAUGUAGACAAAGUAAUGUAGAAUAAAGAAUAGACAUGCUCAAAUAAUUUAGAGAUUGAUGAAAAAUAAAAAGUAAAUAAAUUUUUUAUUUUUAGAAAACUCCUGCUUUAAAUUUAAUAUGUUCAACUCAUAAAAUGGAAAUAGUUAUGUUAAACUUAAAUCAAGAUUAAUUUGAGUAAGAAAAUCCUUUUAUAUGUAUUGAAUGUGCAUAAGAUCUUUUAACAAAAGGUAAUAAGGCUAUUUUUAAUACAAUAUCAUUAAUGAAGGCAGAAGAAAAAUGGAAUGAGUACAUUAAAGAGUAAAUGGAAAAAAGAUAAUCAAGAUAAUCAAGACUUAAUCAAGCUAUUGCAUUUAUUAAAAAAUUAUAGGAGAAAUAAUAUUCAGAAUUGAAUAAAAUGAUAUAAUCUCUUAAUGAACAAUUAAAAAAAUAACCUAAAGAAUAUGAAGAACUUAUGAAAUUAAAAAAUACUCAUCUAAAAAAUUAAGAUAAAUAGAAUCUUCUUGAAAUUGUUAAAAUUCUUGGUUAAUAAAAAAAUAUUGAAUCUAUUUCAAAUUAAGAAGACUUAGAGUUAUAUUAAAGUCAAAAGAGAGUAUUAGAAGAACUAAUUAAAGAAAAUUUAGUUAUAGAAAAUGAAUUAUAAUGGCUUUAGAAUUUUGAUAAAUGUAUAUUAUUAAUUAAAAUUAGUACCCAAAAGAUCAAAUGAUUCUGAAAAUGAAAAGGAAGUAGUAGAAUUUCUUAAAAAAUCAACUAUUCAAGAUUUAUAUUUAUCCUUCUUUGAAAUGUCUUUUAAUUCUUUAAGUUAAUUUAAAAAAGAAGAAAAUGAUUUAUAAUUAUAAGGAAAACUUUUAAAAAUACAAUCAUCAGAUUAGGAAAAUCAAAAUGAAGCACUUUAAAAUUAACGAAAAUGGUAUUAAUAAUUCUAGUAGAGCUAAGCUAAAUUAGAAAUUUUUUAAAAGGUUGAUGAAUUAUAAAGAUCCUAAUUAAAAUUAGAAAAAUUAACUUAAGAAGAAGAUUACUAUAAAACACAGAUAAAAGAGUUAGAAUAAGUUACAGAAGAUUAGAAAAAAGAAUUAGAAAAAGCUUAAAUUAAAUUUAAAGAUAUUAAUUAAGUUUAUGAAUAAAUAACAGAAAUUAAAUAAAUUUAUAAAAUAGGAAAUGAUUCAUUUGAAAAAGGAGAUACAGAAUUAUUAUCAUAAAACUAUGCCUAAAAACUUUAUAGAUAUAUAGAACAAUAAAGUAACAAAAAAAUUAAGAAUAAAUAUUUAAUAUUUUCUUCAAAAAAGUCUGGAUUAAAUUCAAAUACAUUUUUCAAUAGUAUAAUUAAAAAGUCUAAUUUGUUGAUGAUAUUUAAAUCAUAAACUUAAUAUAUUUUUGGUGGAUAUUCACCUUGUUAAUGGCUUAAAUGUAAUGGAUUAUACCAUCCUGACGAAACAUCAACAUCAUUUCUAUUUUCUUAAACUUUAGGGGAAUUUUAUCCUCUUAAUUCAACUAACAAAAAUUAUGCAAUAUUUAUGAAUGAAUAAGAAAUUGGAUUUGGAUAUUAAGAUAUGAAAAUAAAUUAUCAGUAGCAAUUUUAGAAAGGAUCAUCAAAUUUAGGAUAUACAUAUACAAUUCCUGCAAACUCAACUAAUAUUUAUAGCCCAGUUAAAACAAAUUUAUUGUUUGGAUAAGCAGAACCAAGUAUCAAAGAUAUUGAAAUUAUCAUGUUAACAUUUGUUUGA